UCAGUUACAAAAUCAAAUAAAAUAAUAAUUAGUGAACUUAUCAAGAAAUAUUGAUAAGAAAAUAGCAUCUAAAUAGGCAUGAAAAGCAUACUUACUUUAAGGCGAUUCACGCCUCUACAAAGAGUAGAUCAACCGGUGCAACAGAGAUACAUAAAGCAUGUCGCCCCCAGCAUAUUACAGCUUUAUACCAUUUCCCGAUUCUGCUCUUCUUCUUCUCGCUGCAGCCCCCAAAAUGUCCCCUCCAAGCCGCCGGCACCAGCUUUGAGAAAAUUGGAAGCUUUCGGAUCUGCUUUGCUCUUCCCUCUGCUGUCCGCCGGCUGCUCUUGUUUGUGGGGGCGAAUUGCUUGGGUUUUGGGUAAGAAACAGCUACCAAUCCCUCUGUUCUUGCUUGAAUUAACUUGGGUUAACCUUAAUUGCUCUUGUUCCUCCAAUUUUUGGGAAACCCGUGAGUUCCCUGCAGAUUUGCCGCCGGCUUCUUCUUCCCCCUGCAGCUCCGGUUUUAGCUGGAAAAUUCUGGUUAAAUUAAGUACUUGGAGAUUUUGUGAUACCAGAUUUAGUGGUAUCAGAGCUUAGGUUUGAUUAAGAUUUAGUGGUAUCAGAGCUUAGGUUAAUCAGUUAGUACAUGACUUGAGUGCUCGGUUUUAUGGAGUGAAUUCUCAGUUUUAUGCGAGUGAGGUAAGUAAUUUAUGGUAAUGCCCGUACUGUUUUAAAAGCAUGUUUUGAUUUGUUUUUGAAGUGGUGGCGGGACUAAACCCGUUUUACACGA